AUGUUCCAUCAGGUCGACAUCAAUCCUGAGGACCAGCAAUGUCAGCGUUUUCUUUGGCGUGACCGCGACGAACACGGUGAUCCAAGCAUCUACGUCAUGCAGGUAAUGACAUUCGGGGCGAGCUGUUCUCCUGCCACAGCCCAGUUUGUGAAGAACAAGAACGCCGAAAGAUUCGAAGAAGAAUAUCCAACAGCGGUAGCGGUCAUCAAAAAACGGCACUACGUGGAUGACAUGGUUUUCAGCGUUGAAACGGAGCAAGAAGCAGUUGAACUGGCGGAGUCGGUGCGUUUCAUCCACAUGGAGGGUGGAUUUGAAAUCCGCAAUUGGGUUUCCAAUUCUCCGUUGGUGCUUUCCACUAUGAAUGGGGACGAGUCAACGGAAAAGGACCUGAACAUAUCUGCGGAGAUGGCGAGUCAAAAAAUCCUCGGAAUGUGGUGGGAUACGAAGGACGACGUGUUCAAAUAUAAAAUAUGCUGGACCAGAUUUGAUUCGGCGCUGCUUGAUGGAAGUCGUUGCCCUACUAAACGGGAGAUCCUUCGGACGCUGAUGACCAUAUACGACCCUCUAGGUCUCAUCGAUCACUUCCUGGUCUUGUUGAAAAUCUUGCUACAGGAGGUUUGGCGUGCUAACGUUGACUGGGACGAACGAAUCCCCGACAACCUGUUCGAGAAGUGGCGUGACUGGCUGCAAUUGCUACCAGAGGUAGAGAAAUUACGGAUUCCUAGGUGUUACCGGCAAGUUGUUUCAUCUUUGGGCGCAGCUUCCGUGGAAAUUCACGUAUUCGUUGACGCAAGCGAAAGUGCAAUGGCAGCGGCAGUGUUCUUGCGACUCGUAGAAGGGAAUCAAGUGGAAUGUUCGCUGAUUGCUGCAAAGACUCGCGUAGCACCCUUGAAGUACACCUCCAUUCCACGAUUAGAACUGCAGGCAGCAGUCUUCGGGUGUAGAUUGGCGAAGAACGUUAUAGGAAAUCUGACGGUGAAUAUCUCCAAGUGUACCUACUGGACUGACUCCCGAAACGUUCUGUGCUGGUUAAGAGCUGAUCAUAAACGUUACAGUGCUUUCGUCGGGUCAAGGGUAAGCGAAAUACAGGAAUCGACAGACGUCCGUGAGUGGAGAUGGGUUCCGACUCGUUCUAACGUUGCUGAUGAUGGGACUAGAUGGCGAGAUCGGAUCGACUUGUCUGCGAGUAAUAGGUGGUUCAAAGCACCAGAAUUCUUGAUGCAAGCGGAAGAAGACUGGCCAACACUUCCGCAAAAGUUGCUUUCCACUGAGGAAGAAAUGCGACCCAGCUUAUUGCUCCACUUCAAAGUUCCCGAACCUGCGAUAGAUGUGGGAAGAUUUUCGAGUUGGCGGCGAUUGCUAGCGGUGACUGGAUACGUCCUUCGAUUUUGCUUGAACCUUCAACGUCGUCGUAGUCAGCAUCCACUCAGAACUGGACCGUUAUCUAGUGAAGAACUUCGGGAAGCGGAAGAACACCAUUACCGGCAAGCGCAACAAGAUGUGUACCAGGACGAAGUCGCAGCGCUGGAGACGAAAGAAUCCACUAUCAAGCGUAUUCCAAAGACGAGUCCACUUUACAAGUUGAGCCCGUUCGUUGACGAAUCCGGUGUAAUGAGGAUGAAGGGGAGAACCACUGUGUGCGCGUAUUUGCACAGUGACGCCAAGAAUCCUGUUAUUCUACCUCCAAAGCAUCCAGUAACAUCAUUAAUAUUAGUCCAUUACCACGAAAAGUUUUUGCAACGCAACUACGAAAUAGUAGUCAACGAAGUCCGCCAGAAGUACAGCAUCUUCCGCCUGAGACAAGCCCUUACUGCGAUUCGUAGAAGCUGCCAGUGGUGCAAAAACCGUGACGUUCUUCCUCAACCGCCGGAAAUGGCAGAUCUUCCUGCGGCCCGACUGUCUGCGUACACAAGGCCAUUCGCACACGUAGGGGUGGAUUAUUUUGGCCCAAUUGAGGUAACGGUAGGUCGAAGGGUCGAGAAAAGAUGGGGGGUUCUACUGACUUGUUUAACGGUAAGGGCCGUUCAUAUUGAGGUAGCGCACUCUCUGACAACUAGUUCCUGCAUAAUGGCAUUGAGGAACUUCACGGCACGUAGAGGUACACCGGUCAGCUUUUACAGCGACAGGGGUACCAAUUUUGUGGGCGCAAACCGGGAGCUUCAGGAAGCCAUGGAAGCGGUCAAUCAGAACCAGCUGAUGCGUGAGUUUGUCACCUCAUCUACUGCUUGGCAGUUCAACCCACCGGCGGCGCCCCACAUGGGCGGCAGUUGGGAGAGGCUCAUCCAAUCGGUCAAGCGAAACCUGAUGGAAGUUCUACAUGCGCGACGACCAACUGAUGAGGAGCUGCGCAAUGCGUUGACGGAAAUAGAAGGUGUGCUGAAUACACGCCCUCUGACACACGUGCCCAUUGAUGACGAAGCAGCACCAGCGUUAACCCCCAAUCACUUCCUGUUGGGUUCAUCGGACGGUUCCAAACCUUUGUCUCUGGUUGAUGCGGAUACUGCUGCACUACGGCGAGGUCACCCAACCUCCCAAUGGUUGGCGAAUCUCUUUUGGAAGCGAUGGGUUAGGGACUACCUACCCGACAUAACCCGUCGUACAAAAUGGCAUGAGCAGGCGAAACCUCUCCAAGUGGGUGACGUAGUAGUCAUUGUGGACCCUGAGCACCCCAGAAGCUGUUGGCCCAAAGGACGGGUCAUCGGAGUAACCAGCAGUGGAAGACAAACUCGUAAGGCUACCGUGCAAAUAUUGCAUGGAAUCUACGAGAGACCAACCGUGAAGCUGGCGGUGUUGGAUGUUCGGCGCGAGAUGGAGUAA